AAUUUAUAUAAAAUGUCAUUCACGCUUUUACUGCUAAUGACAACGGCUUUAAUGUUCUGGACUGGCUGGUUAUGGUCCAGGCGCAAAUUUUACAGUCUCUACACAAAACUACCAGGUCCUCUUGGCCUGCCAUUAAUUGGAAUUUGUGGAAAAAUGAUGAAUACCGAAAGAUUCCUUAAAACUCUGGAGGAGAUCUCAGUGGUAUAUAAAUCGCCAUGUACAACUUGGUUGGGUACCGAUUGCAUCGUGUAUAUAAGCGACCCGGAAACAGUUGAAAAAAUAUUUCAAUCAUCGGUUUGCACAAAUAAGGGACAUCCCUACGAUUUCUUGACCACAGUGAUUGGCGAAGGACUGUUCACUUCAAAAUCACCACGUUGGAAUGCACACAGACGUAUGCUGAAUCCUGCAUUUGGACGUAAAAUAAUAGAAACUUUUAUUCCAAUAUUCAACAAGGAGUCCAAUGUUCUAAUAAGGAAAUUGUCAGAAAUCGAUAAUAAAACAAAGGAUCUUUACGUUAUUCUAAAGAAGUGUGUGUUGGAAGCUGCAUGUCAAACAACGUUGGGACAAAAAAUGGAUUUCCAAGAUGAUGGAUCGAAAGAGAUAAUAAAUGCUUAUACCUGUGUUCUCGAAACAGUGAUUGGAAGAAUAUUAUCUCCCUGGAUACAUCCUGAUGCUUUAUAUUCAGUUACGUCAUCCUGCAAAUUACAACAGAAAGCGAAGAAUAUCUUAAACGACUUCAUUGGAAAUGUAAGACAACAUGUAUAAAAAUAUUUUAUACCUUACCUUAUAUACACACUCAAAAAAAAGUGACCCCAAUGGUUCAGUUAAA